CGGCGCGGAGGCUGUGGGGCGGGUCAGUGACUUGUCUGGCAGGUGCGUGUGGCAGCUUCCCACGGCAGCGUCACGCCGCGUCACUCACACCGGGAAUUACUCGCUGGCCUGCUUGGUUACACGCAACAGUCUCUGGUCGGUGGUCGCUAGUGUUGGCUGCAGAUGAGGCGCGUCACCUGUGUUGCAGCAGACCACACAUGAGUGAUGGACAAACAGGAUGAGGUCCGUCCCCACGGCGUCCCGCGACGUGAAACUCAAGUGAGAAAAGACGUUCGUCCCGCCGCAGCGUCUUCCCCCUACUCCAAGGCUCCUUCCUCCCCUCACUCCCCUACCACGCCCCUUCCCGGCCCCCCUGACCACGUCACGUUCCCUCCACACGUCCGCACCUCCACCUCGUCCCCCAGUAAAUCCCCGCACCAGAGCCAAUCAGCGCUCACAGACAAGUUCUGGUCUUGCAUCCGCCUCCAGCCGUGUGCCCUCAGUCACGUUCCCUCCCCGCACAAACUAUCCGCCAAGGCACAAGAUAAUGAGGACCUUUCAUCGAGUAACCAAAGGAUUGGAGCCACGUUUUCAGUGACUGGGGCGAGGUGCGGCAAGGAGGUGGGUCGCGGGGGUGUGGUGAUGGGCAAGCAAUGGCCACCCACGGCUAGACCAAGGACCAGACGGGCCGGAGGUUGUAGUGGUAGUGGUAGUGGCGGUAGUGGUGGUGGUGGUGGUGGUAGUGGUAGUAGUGGAAGUGGCGGCAGUGUGUGUUCUGGUACCUCCAAUAAGCAUCAUCACUCCGGAAGGAACUUUGGAAGUCCGUCAUGGCACAAGAUCUUGAGUUCCCCGACACCCACCCAUGUCUACUUCCUGCUGGCGGUGGCGUCCGUGUCAGUGUAUGUGAACGGCCUGACGGGGGAGUACGUGCACGACGACCUCAGCGCCGUGCUCAGGAAUCCGGACGUGCAGGGUACAAGGCCGCUGUGGCAACUAUUUCUCAACGAUUUCUGGGGAAAACCAAUGAAGGAUCCCGCCUCCCACAAGUCCUACAGGCCCCUCACCAUCCUUUCUUUCAGACUGUGUCACAUGCUCUGGGGGAACAGCAGCACGGCAGAUCACAGCGUCAAUUUGGUGCUGCACGCUGCUGUCACGCUCCUGUACGCCCACACACUCCUCCACGCCCUCCAGCUCAGGCCAGCUCAAGUCCUCCUUAGUGGGCUCACCUUCGCCACCCACCCCGUCCACACUGAGGCAGUAACAGGUGUGGUGGGACGAGCGGAUUUGCUGGCGGCCGCGGCGUUCCUGGCCUCCUUCUGCGCCUACCACAGGUCGGUGGUGGCAGCAGGGAGUGGAAGGGAAGGGGCGUGGCUGCGGUGGGCGGCAGUGUGGGCUUGCGUGGGCGUGGGCUGCAAGGAACACGCUCUCACCGUCCUGGGCGUGUGCGUGGCAUGGGACCUAGCAAUGCACGCGUCUGCUCUCAGAAGGUGUGUCCUGGGCAGGUGGGACUUGUGCUUACUCACCUACCUCGCUCGGAGAUUAGGCAAAGUGAUUGGUCUGAGCGUGGUGGUGGUGAGCGUGAGGGUGGGGAUGAUGAGGGGCGCUCCAGUCUUCUCGGAUCAGGACAACCCAGCCUCCUUCAGCCGCAGUCCCCUUACCAGGUUCCUGACCAAGACUUUUUUACCGGCGCAUAACACGUGGCUGCUGCUGUGUCCUGUGCAGCUCUCCUAUGACUGGCAGCUGGGGUCCAUUCCUCUUGUGACUUCACUGUCCGACCUCAGAAACGCCGCUUCUUGUGCAUUGUACGGCGCCCUCGUCCUCCUCCUCUGCUCCUCCUUCAGAUCCAGGCGGAGUCAGGAGGGCCGGGCAUCGCUGUGGGCUCUCCUGGUGCUGGUGAUUCCAUUCCUCCCGGCAUCCAACUUGCUAUUCCCUGUGGGCUUCAUGGUGGCCGAGCGUGUCCUCUACAUCCCCAGUCUCGGCUGGUGCACUCUUGUGGGAAUCGGGGCGGCGAGAGUAGGCGUGAGUGUGUCCAGAGUGAGCGGCAAGGUGGGCAGAGGACGAGCCGCCACCCACCUCCUUCUCGCCCUCCUCCUCGCCUUCUCCUUCCGAACCUUACGGAGAAACCUCGACUGGCGCUCCAGAGAAGAACUUUUUACGUCGGGGCUGCGGACGCUGCCUCACAAUGCCAAGAUGCACUACAACUACGCCAACCUGCUGAGGGACCAACACCGCCCCGAGAUGGCCAUACUCCACUACAGAGAGGCCAUCAGGCUGUGGUGGGUGUACCCCAGCGCCCACAACAACCUGGGGACGCUGCUUCUCCAGCGACACCCAGAAGGCAGCCAGUGGGAGGACGAGGCCGAGUGGCACUUCACGGUGGCACUGCAGACUCACCCAGGACACCAGCACGCGGGGCGCAACCUGGCUGCUCUCUGGAGGCAACAGGGGCGCGUCAACCCAGCGGUCUCUUUGCUCGAGUCCCACUUUGUCCCGGAGGACGAGGAGGGCGGAGACACAGGCCGCCUCCUCGCUGACCUUCUCCUACAGGAAGGUCGUCACAAAGAGGCAGAGGAUGUCUUCCUUAGACUAACAGCGGCACAACCCUCCAACCCUGCCGUGCUGGCGGACUACGCCGCCUUCCUGCACAAGCUAGGUCGAACAGAAGCAGCAGCGCGGCACUUUGAGGCGGCACUUAGCUUGGAUCCCGCCCACACCCACGCCCUCACCAGUUACGCUGCGCUUGUCACCGCCCACGAUCACCACGCCGACGCCCACCACCUGUACACACGCCUCCACAGGGCACUGACGCGACACUGGGACCCCGACACGGCUAUGGCCCUUGCUCGCCUCUGCAUCCUAAUGGGGAAGCUGGGAGAAGCAGAUUCUGUGCUCAGCCGCCUUACUCAACACCACCCCACGCACCUCACCGCUCGUGUCCACAUGGCGCAGGUUCGACUCCAGCAGCGGCACUACGGGGAGAGUGAGAGCCUUCUGGAGGGAGUGUUGAAGGAGGCGCCGCUCCACCAGGAGGCGCUCUACCACCUCUCGCUCCUCUAUUCCUCCACCAACCGCUCCGGCGAGGCGCUGGAGGCGGCAACGGCGGCAGCCAAGGCGUGCAGGGCGCCGCGGGACCUGUGUGCUCUUCUGCACGCCCACCACGCCGACCUGCUGCACACCCUCACACUGCUGGAGGAUGCUGUCACGAGCUACCAACUGGCGGUGCGGAUGGAGCCAGCACUCUCCCGGGCUCACCUCAACCUGGGCGCCAUCUACCACACGCAGGGUCGCUACCAGCUGGCAUGGAAGCACUACCAGACUGCCCUCACCAGGGACCCUCACAACUCACUGCUGCUGGAGAACAUCGAGAAACUGCGCCGCGUCAUGAACCCCGAAGCGCAAGGGCGGUGACCGUGGCAGGAGGGCGCGCACCAAAGUUCCCAUGAACACCCACUACUCUAGUCUGAGAAUCCUAAGCGAAUUUAUAAAGACACGGUUCAGUGAUGAAACGCGACGUGUGAACUCCCACGGCCCUCAGUGACGAGAGGGUUACCUACAAACCAAAGAAUGAUCAGUGCUAAGCUAGUGUAACAUGUGGAAUAGAGGUAUUUGAAGUGUUGUAGCCCCAGAUUAUGGCAGCCCCACCUACAUGCCGAACACGAUCAGUGCUAAACUAGACACAUGUGAAAAAGAGAAGCCUAUGCGCUCUUAUCACCCCAGACUGCAACAGGAUCACCUCACCAUUCACCACGACUCAGAAUGAACGACAGUGGCGCCACGACAGACAGUGCAAAGCCACGUCUGCCCCACAAGCUCUCUGGAUGCAGCAGUGGAGGCGGCUGGCUGUGGGUGGGUGGGUGGCCUUUGGAGAGAGCUCAGCAGGUGGCAAGAGCAUGACAUUAGCAGUGAGGAAAUAAUCUGGUUUAGUUAUUUGCGAGGGCAUGUCCUGCGGCCACUCUGGGAAAGGCCUUACCCCGCGCUAGUCAGUCAGUCAGUCAGUCAGCCUCAUCCUGCCUUGCUCAGACCCCGCCUCUGCGUCUAGUCUUAGUAUACCAUAUGCUGACUCCUCACGUAUACUUGAUAUCCAUAUCCAUGCAUGGCAUGUGACCUGCCGGCUGCCGUGGUGCCGCUGAGCCGUUAGUCACCGAGGGCUGCAUCUCUAGUCCCUCGCGCGGACACAUCCUUUAUGAGUAAGAGCGUGAAGUAUGUCAACAAAUUCUCUCAGGAAAUAAUAUAUAACAUUAGGUAAGCUAGUGCGUACCAUAAAAAAGAAAUACGAUGUUGUAUAAUGUGACAUAAUAUAGUGUAAUAAUUUUAUAUCUUAACGACUGAUAUGAGUUGCCAAGAUAUUACCACUAAGAGGAAGCAACCCGCAGCAGCAGCAGCAGUGCCGAGGCUGUGAGGGUUGAGUAGCACGUUAUUGACCCACGUAGCGCCAGUUGACCCUCUAGUCACCCCAACUCACCCCACUUUGGACACCCGGGAGAGUUCGUCAGCACAGCAAUGCAGCCCACCACACCUCCCUCCUCCCACCACCACCACCACCACCACCGAACACAGCCACUCUCCCACGAAGUGCUGGCUGUUCAGGGUGCGACGAGCGGAGCCUCCCGGUGCCGUCCCUAAGCUGUACCAACCUGACGUCAAGGCUUCGCUCACAAACAUGAACAUAAACAAUAGAAACAAUUAUUUUCGUACAAACCAAUGAUAAUAAACUGCUUUGUAUUAC